GGUUCUUUCAAGUGUUCAACCUUACAAACCGACACAAUCAAACACGCCACCAACCAAACCUUUCCUUUCUUUUCUUCAUCAAAACAACAACACAUUCCUAUUCCUCUUCAUUAUCCUGCGCUUCUAUGAAGCAUUAAACCUAUUCGUCCGCUGCUAUCAUAACACCCAAGAUGCAGUUGACAUCUAUCAUUACCGCCGCUGGCCUGGCGGCCUUAUCUAACGCCUUCCUUCUCCCUCCUGACAUCUCCGAAUCUGACAAGGACAUAAUCACCACCCUUCCAGUCCCCGUUGGAGUUGGUGGCGCCAUCGCAGCCGUCGAAUCCCAGAACUUGAAGCUCAAGUGUCCCGGCUGUCCUGUCCACAUCCCUCACCAUGGAAAGGUCAAGAUCGUGAACGAUAUCCCGAGCCAUUUGGAGCUGGACUUUGGCAUCGUGCCUUCCGACAAUGCCGAUCGCUUGAUGUUGAACGGCUUCGAGCUUUUCCCUAACCCAGACCCCCUUCGAAACACCCUUACCGCUGCUGUUCGUCCCGAUGUCCUACAUCGACAAAUGAAGAAGCGGCCUCAUUUUAAGGGCCCUAAGCCUCAGACUCUAGGCUUUGGCAUGCAGACUCGACCCGUUGCCAAGAACGAGGAAGACGCGUUAGAGCUCAUCGAGAUCAAACUUGACAUCAUCGAAGUUGGCGAUGUCUUUGUCGAUGGUAUUCCAAACCUCCAGGUCAAUGUUGUCAAGACUCCUACCGGCAAGUUGAUGCUUGGCGAAAUCAAAACUAUUGACUCCGAGACGUCGCAAAGCAAUCCUAUGGAUAAGCAAGAGGAAUGUACCACUUUACUUUGCAAAUGGAAGGCCGUUAUUAUGCAGAAACUUGCCGGCCUUCGUUUCCACAAAGGAUGCGGUGGUCGCCCUGCUCACGCUAAGGGCCAUGAGGAAGUCAAGGGUAAUAAUGAAAGCAAGGUAGAGGAACCUCAAGAACCCCACCAUGGUCAUCGCCAAAAGAACUGGGGAUUGUUGUUUAAGAAUAUCGCUUCCCACAUUCUACUGCCUGUUGCUGUCGGUAUCUUUGCCGGUAUCACUGCUUGCAUUCUCGGCAUGAUUGCUGGUACAAUCGCCGUCUUCAUCUGGCGUGCGGUUGCCCGCCGUGGUCACUCCCGCCGACACCACCGUCACAGCCAUCACCAUAAGGCCUCUCAUACCGAAGCUGUUGUCAACGAAGAGAAGUCGGGCCUGAUGGCUAACCAGGAAGAAAACGAUGCUCCACCUGCCUACGUCGAGGAAGGUGUUGUCGUCAUUGACGACAAGAAGACUGAGAAUGUAGUCUAAGAAAGUGAUACCCCGACCGUUUUAACGGUAGCUCCCAACGGACUCUUAACGGACAUCAAAAUCAAGAGUUCCGGGCGAGGACUGAUGGACAGGUUUGUAACGCCUAUCCGGACUGAGAUAGGUAGAUAUGGCUGGCGUUGAAUAUUGUACUAGGAAAUGGCAAAUGGCUGGUAUUGAUGGGAUGAUGUAUUCUGAUUGCAUUGGUGGAAUCUCUCUCCUUUUGUUCUUUUUCCUUUCUGGUUGUAUCGUGUACUUCGGCAAGCAGAAUACCCACGUUCCUUUCAAUUUACAUCUGUAGGAAGUAUCCGUAAUCAAUCUGGUGUCAUUAUCAUAACCUAGAGGCUACCUCAAGGUCGUAGCAAAUUAGCAGUGCCUCUUUCUAGUGAUGCAUAGUAAUAACCAAUGCAUAUUGUAAUGCAAAUUGUUUGCAGUAGUUAAACGAUACCGCCAGAAAUAUAAUAACUCGCAACCUUUCCCCUUUUA